UGUUCAAACAUACCGUUUAGUACAACAGUUUACUUACACUUACACUUACUUUAAGGGCCCCCAGGGUUUUGGCAGAAUUUCGCGAGUUUCAGAAACCCUCGGCCGCAGCUAUGUGAAGUGGGUGGGAUUAGGGCAUUUCCAGAUUAUCGCAAUCAACGGACACCGAUGAGCGCGUCACACUCUGUGAGAACUGUCACAGGUGUUAGUUGUGAACUCGAAUCGCUCACGAUCACAGUGUGACCGUACCGAUGGCAGCGCAAAUACAUUCCUCGAUGUUUCUGUUCGACGUUCCCCCGACGGUCAUGGAGACGUUUUGUAAAAUAAUCGACAGCGGUGACGGAAGCAUGGGGUGGAGGGCUCUGGCUUCGCGUAUCUUGCCGAACUGGUUGGAGAUGAGAUACACCGAGAGGCUGGAGGCGGCGGGCAAGAGUCCAACGCGGGAGCUGCUGUGGUCCUGGGCCCAGAAGAACAAAACCGUAGGAGACUUGCUGGCUGUGCUGGAGGAUAUGGGCCACGAGCGAGCGGUGCACUUGCUCAGCACAGGAGGUAUGAAGACUGUGUCUUCCACAGGAAAUGGUUGUAUAAUAAGUCCAAAAGAAAACACUGUGCAACCACAGUACUCUCUCCAGGCGGGGCGAGACGCUGACAUCAGCGAGACAACACAUGACAGUGGCCUGCUCUGUUAUUUAAACAGCUCUGCCAAUGGAGGUAAAGUCCAGAGAUACAGGAUAUCUUACUCAGAUGUCAUAAUGGCAACUCAGAACUUCCACCAGAGCCUGAAGAUUGGUGAAGGGGCCUUUUCUGAGGUGUACAAAGGAGUGAAGGGAAACCAGACAUUUGCUGUUAAGAUGUUGAAGCAGGAAAAAAAGGAUGCUUGGAAGAAGCUAUGGAAUGCUUUCAGGACGGAAAUCGAAGUUCUUCACCUCUAUCAGCACCCCAAUAUCCUGGAACUGUGGGGCUGCUUUUCAGACGGGGACAGGUACUGCGUGGUCACCCCCUACCUUCCCAACGGGUCACUGUGCCACAGAUUACAUGGCCAGGGGGCAGGUCUUCCCUUGUCCUGGCAGGAGCGACUCGGCAUCAUCAAAGGCACAGCGAGGGCGGUGACACACCUGCACACCACCCAGCCUUGCAGUGUCAUCUGCGGGAACAUCACCAGUGCGAAUAUACUGCUGGAUGACCAGCUGCAACCCAAGCUUUCUGAUUUCGGCAUGGCCUGCCUGAGACCGCACUCUGUCAAUCAGACCUGCACCAUCGCCAUGGAUGCCGGCUCCCUCGGCACCCUGGGAUACCUGCCAGAGGAGUACAUCCGCGAUGGCAAGCUGUCUGUCAAGCAGGAUGUGUACAGCUUUGGGGUGGUGGUAAUGGAGACCCUAACUGGACUGAGACCUGUACUAGAGACUCCAAAACACAUCUUGCUGAGAGACAUGCUGUGCAGGGAGGUGGAGGAGAGCGGAGGCACAGACGUCUGCCUGUGUCACCUGGAUGGGAGUGCCGGCCGCUGGCCACACGCCAUGGCCCUCUGCCUCUUCCGCCUGGCCAUGGAGUGCACCAGCGGGCGGCCAAGGAGCCGGCCCCACAUGAGUGCGGCCCUGCAGGUGCUGAGCCAGCUACUGCCACUGCCCUGCCUGCCUGAGGACCAGCCUCGCACCCUGGACAGCACCGCCAACCUGACGGGGCAUCAGGGUGCCGGCGCCAGCCUUCCGGUGGAGGACGACGAAACGAGCCCGCCCCUAUUGGCCACUCAGGACCCGGGCCCCUGCGAGUGCAGCCAAUCGGAAGUCACCUACCUGGGUGAGCAGUAUAGGGAGAGAGAGCGGGAAGCCGGUGCUGCGCAGCAGGACGUGGGCGUCAGAGCUCCUGCGCAGAGCUGGCGGUCGUGGCCCUCGGACCUGUACGGCAGCUGGCCUGUACAGUGCAGCUGCGCAGCCGAGGAGAACGGGCAGGAGUGCGAGGACUGCAGGGCAAACGGGUUCACGCCCUCGCGGGAGGAUGCCACUGCAGGCGGAGACACGCACUGCUCCCAGAAACAGGAAGUUGUGGAGAAUGUGGCCAAGGAGAGGUUCAGGGACAAGAUCCAGCUGUACAACAGCGGCCUGCUCAACACGGAGGAGCUCCUCUCCAUGGAGCUGGUCCCGCCGCGGCCGUCGCCAGGCAACAGCAGCGCCUGGCAGAGCAGUUAGAGCAGCUGACCUCACAGCCACAGGGAGUCUUCUGUCAUUCCCCUGAGAUACCUCACCUUAACU